GCGCGGUGUUUAGUAUGAAUCAAUUGUCGGCGUCGUUGUUGCUGCUUGUCUUGUCGCUUUGGUUUGUUGCCGCGUACGAUUGUCAGUUGUACUCGGAGGAGGAUGACUUGGUUUGCUUCUCGAAUUCGUCGUUGAAGAAAGCGGUGCUGGAGAGCGAUUUCUGCUGGAUUGUUGAGUUCUACGCGAGCUGGUGUGGACACUGCCAUCACUUUGCACCUACAUGGAAAAAUUUUGCACACAGUGUCAAAAACUGGACGACUGUGGCACGAGUGGGUGUUAUCGACUGUGGCAAUCGAGUAAACACGGCCUCUUGUCAGCAUUUUAAAGUUCAAGGCUUUCCUACAAUCAGAUUGUUCUAUGCUCAUUCCAAAAUGUCGGAAGUCGGAGUUGAAGUUCGUGAACGGGGUAUUAAUGGUCUUCAGCAGUCUGUCAUUAAACACAUUGAAUCUCAACCCAACUCACCUCAUUCUUGGCCAGUACUAAAACCUGUAGACAGUGUUACAACUGUGAAGCAGUGGAUGUUGGCUCAGACAGCUGGUCAGCAAGUAUUUUUGAUCAUUGAAGAUAAAGAGUCCUAUCUGGGAAGACAGGUUAUUAUGGAAAUGUAUGGCCAACAUAAUAAAGUGAAGAUUAGAAGAGCGACUAACAACCAGUCUGACAUAGCUGCUUUUUGUGGAGUCGCUUAUUUUCCUGCAAUUGUUGUUAUUUCAAAAGGAAAACUUGACAAGUUAAAAUCAGAUGGCAAGGAUUUGUUAAGCUAUAUUACUGCUGUUACACGAGAGCUGGAGAAGAAACGUCAAGUUGAUAAAAAGACUGCUGAAAAAAAGAACAUACGUGACGUUGUACACAAAAAGAAGCCACAGAUUGCUUCUCAAGAUAUUGGUAAAACUCAACAGAAAAAUGUUAAGAGUCAUCAGAAUAGUCGUGUUGAUGCACGUAGAACUCAUCACAGUAGGAAGCCUACAGUGUACUUAGAAGAUCUUGUAGCUACUCUGACCUUCUCUUUUCGACAUGAAAUUCCUCUUCAUGAUAUAUCAGGCAGUCGCUUCAAGACGCUGAACCGCUUUGUCCAACUUUUAAGUAGUUGUUUACCAGUGCCAAUGACAAUUCGACACAUGUUGGAUCAGUUGUCAAAUAGAAUGAAGUUGAUUGACUUACGGCUCAAGAAAAUUGAUGUCAGCACAUGGAUGCGUCUCACAAGCCCAGAGCAAUAUAGAGGUGAAGUUCAACCUCACCAGCAAUGGGUUGCAUGCAAAGGAAGUGAACCUCAUUACCGUGGCUAUCCCUGUGGUUUGUGGACACUGUUCCACACUGCUGUCAUCAACUGUGCUAGAUAUGAUCCAACCUUGCAGAAAACAUGCAGCAGAUGGACAUGGAGACGUGCUCAGCCAAAAUCUCACCUCGUUGUCCCCGGAUCUAAACAUAUAGACAUCACUGAAAUCCUUUCUGCCAUUCAUGAUUACAUUCGCGACUUCUUUGGCUGUCGUCAAUGCAGUGAAAAUUUCUCCAAGAUGGCAGUUGACAUUUCAAAAGAAGUUUCAACACCCUCUGACGGGGUCCUGUGGCUGUGGAGAGCACACAAUAAAGCCAACAUGAGACUGCGAGAUGCAAAGAGCUCGGAUCCUGAAUAUCCAAAAAUCCAGUUUCCAUCAUCAGAGCAGUGUCCACAUUGCCGCACGACGGCAUCCCAAUCUGAUGGUAAUAUUCCAUGGGACAAAAGUGCUGUUCUGUGUUUUCUAAUGGAUAUGUAUCGGCAUGAGUCAAUACGUUCUAUUAGCACGUCAGUACAUCGACCUGUUGUCACACACGGAAUACGAAUAAAGCCAAGAAUACACAGCUACAAGAAUCAGAUAGAAGCAGACAUCCACACACCGCUUUUCUAUGGAAUGGAUUGGAAAUUUUCUGUGUUUCUGUAUUUUAUCUCAAUGGCAGCUCUUGUGUUUAUUGGUUGGACUCUUCUACGAUCACGUAGUUGCAAGCGCAGAAGACUUCGAUUCAAUCUAGCUUAA